AGCCACGCCUCUCGGCCACGAACAGGACUGGGGUUGUUUUCAGCUGAAAAUCUUUUUUCUUUUGCGGUCUCUUUCUCCUGUAUUGUGCAUUUUAAAAACAAUAUUUAACGGACGGAGCGUUUUAUUUAGCUCCAUGCACGAGUGACUGCCAGUACACACGCAGCGUUUCAGCGCUGCGGUUGUUUUAAGUUGAUUCCUGUUUUGGUCGAAUUCGCGGACAAACCUGAACAACUCGACUAGCUAAGCUAGCUGCUGCCAGGAGGUCUCAGUACCCCCUGAGUAUGAGUUCAUAAUGAAGCGCCGUCUGGAGGAUCAGGAAGCAGUCUUUGCGGCGCAACAGCGUCGGCUCCCAGGAAACUCUGAGGGCUUCCAGCACAGGGUUCUGGCCCCAGCCCCAGUGUACGAGGCUGUGGCAGACAACAUGCAGCCCACCACAGGCAUCCAGUACCCUGUACCCCAGGGAUACCAGGUUCCUCCUGUGGCGCAGAGCUCGGGGGGUCAUGGUCAUGGUCCUAGUCCUGCUGUCCACAGCAGCUCUCACCACCAUAGUCCUGCUGUGCAGCCCCAUGGCCCUGCACUGGUCCAGGGUCAUGCACACCCACCCAAUCCCACUGCCUCCGCACAGGGACAGCAGCAGUUUCAGAGACUCAAGGUGGAAGAUGCCUUGUCCUACCUGGAUCAAGUGAAGCUGCAAUUUGGAAGUCAGCCUCAAGUUUAUAAUGACUUUCUGGACAUCAUGAAAGAGUUCAAGUCUCAGAGCAUUGACACACCAGGUGUGAUCAAUCGGGUGUCUCAGCUCUUUAAGGGUCACCCUGACCUCAUCAUGGGCUUCAACACCUUCCUGCCGCCUGGAUAUAAAAUCGAGGUGCAGACCAAUGAUCUGGUGAAUGUUACGACCCCAGGUCAGAUCCACCAUAUUACACCUCAUGGCAUCUCGGUGCAGAAUAUCCCUCCAGCACCGCAUCAGAGCCAGUUGGCUCCCCCAGCUUCCAGCGGAGCUGCCCCUCCCCCAACUCAGCCCUCGCAAAAGAGCAAACCAUUGCAGUCUCCAGCAUUGACCCCGAGCAGUCAGCCUAAUCCGUCCAUCCCUCCGUAUGCCUCCCCACGUUCCCCCCCUCUACAGCCCCACACCCCUGUAAGCAGUACCCCAAGUGCCCCUCCACUGCAAAAUAACCAGCCUGUGGAGUUCAACCAUGCCAUCAACUAUGUCAACAAGAUCAAGAACCGCUUCCAAGGUCAGCCGGAUAUCUACAAAGCCUUCCUGGAGAUCCUGCACACAUACCAGAAGGAGCAACGUAAUGCUAAAGAAGCCGGGGGAAACUACACUCCGGCUCUGACUGAGCAGGAGGUGUAUGCCCAAGUGGCACGGCUCUUCAAGAACCAGGAGGACCUGCUUUCAGAGUUUGGCCAGUUCCUGCCAGAUGCCAACAGCUCUGUGCUGCUCGGCAAAACGACAGCAGAGAAAGCAGAAUCUGUACAGAAUGAUCAUGGAAGUACAGUGAAGAAGCCACAGCUGAACAACAAGCAGAGGCCAAACCAGAAUGGUUGUCAGAUCCGCAGACACAGCGCUACUGGAGCCACUCCGCCUGUGAAGAAAAAACCUAAGUUACUCAAUCUGAAGGACUCCUCUGUGGCAGAGGCCAGCAAACAUGGAGUCGGCACAGAAUCUUUGUUCUUUGAGAAGGUGCGAAAAGCCCUGAGAAGUGCAGAGGCCUACGACAACUUCUUGCGGUGCCUGGUCAUCUUUAACCAGGAAGUGAUCUCUCGUGCUGAGCUGGUGCAACUGGUGCUGCCUUUUUUGGGGAAGUUCCCAGAGUUGUUCACCUGGUUUAAGAAUUUCCUGGGUUACAAGGAGAUGUCCCACCUGGAGAGCUACCCUAAAGAGAGGGCAACAGAGGGCAUCGCCAUGGAGAUAGACUACUCCUCAUGCAAGAGACUGGGCUUUAGUUACAGAGCUCUGCCCAAGAGCUACCAGCAGCCCAAAUGCACAGGGAGAACCCCACUCUGCAAAGAGGUGCUGAAUGACACAUGGGUGUCUUUCCCUUCCUGGUCAGAGGACUCCACCUUUGUCAGCUCUAAGAAGACGCAGUAUGAGGAGCAUAUUUAUAGGUGUGAGGAUGAGCGCUUUGAGUUGGAUGUGGUUCUGGAGACGAACCUGGCCACUAUCCGGGUGCUGGAAACGGUGCAGAAGAAGCUCUCUCGGAUGUCUGCCGAGGAGCAGGCGAAGUUCCGUCUAGACAACACGCUGGGAGGCACAUCUGAGAUUAUCCACCGCAAGGCUAUUCAGAGGAUAUACGGAGACAAGGCCCUGGAUAUCAUUGAUGGACUGAAGAAGAAUCCAGCGGUCUCUGUCCCCAUCGUGCUGAAGAGGUUAAAGCUGAAGGAAGAGGAGUGGAGAGAAGCACAGCGAGGCUUCAAUAAGAUCUGGCGCGAGCAGAACGAAAAGUAUUACCUGAAAUCCCUGGACCACCAAGGCAUCAACUUCAAACAGAAUGACACCAAGGUGCUGCGCUCCAAGAACCUGCUUAACGAGAUUGAGAGCAUCUAUGAUGAGCGGCAGGAACAAGCCUCUGAGGAGAACGGGACACCGCCUGGUGGCCCCCAUCUCACCUUAACCUACGAGGACCGACAAAUCCUGGAGGACGCUGCAGCCCUCAUAAUCCACCAUGUCAAACGGCAGACCAGCAUCCAUAAAGAGGACAAGUACAAGAUUAAGCAGAUCAUCUACCACUUCAUCCCUGACAUGCUCUUUUCCCAGCGGGGGGCGCUGUCGGAUGAUGAGGAAGAGGAAGACGACGAGGACAUGGAGCUGGAUGAAGGAGGCUCCAAGAAGCACAAUGGUUUGGCAGCAGGGAGCAGCAGCGGAAGCCCCUCCAAGUCCAAACUCCUCUUUAGUAGCUCAGCCGCCCAGAAGCUGCGCUCCUGUGACGAGGCCUACAACUUGUUCUUUGUGAACAACAACUGGUACAUCUUCCUGCGGCUGCACCAGACGCUGUGCUCACGCCUCCUCCGUCUCUACGUCCAGGCCGAGCGGCAGAUAGAGGAGGAACUGAGAGAGCGCGACUGGGAGAGGGAGGUGCUCGGGCUCAAACGGGACAAAAACGACAACCCUGCCAUCCAGCUGCGGCUGAAGGAGCCUAUGGACAUUGACGUUGAAGACUACUAUUCAGCCUUCUUGGAGAUGGUGCGGAACCUGCUGGAUGGGAACAUGGAGGGAUCUCAAUAUGAGGACUCUCUGAGAGAGAUGUUCACUAUCCAUGCCUACAUCGCCUUCACCAUGGACAAGCUCAUCCAGAGCAUUGUCAGGCAGCUGCAGCACAUAGUGAGCGAUGAGAUCUGCGUGCAGGUGACAGAUCUCUAUCUGUCAGAGAGCAGUAACUGUGCUACAGGUGGAACGCUCUCGAGUCAGGCCUCCAGAUCAACUGCUGAAUCAGCCUACCAGCGCAAGGCGGAGCAGCUCAUGUCCGAUGAGAACUGCUUUAAACUGAUGUUCAGUAAGAGUCGAGGGAACGUACAGCUGACGAUUGAGCUGCUGGACACAGAAGAGGAGAAUUCUGAUGAGCCAGUGGAGGCAGAACGGUGGUCAGAUUAUGUGGGCCGCUAUCUUAGUGCUGAUGUGACGUCUCCAGAGCUAAGAGAGCAUCUAGCACAAAAGCCUGUUUUUCUUCCAAGAAACCUUAGGCGAAUUCGGAAAUGCCAGCGGGGACGGGAACAGCAGGAGAAAGAGGUGAAGGAAGGAGGGAAGAAGGAGAAUGCUGAGAACAUUAAAAUGGAGUGCAUGUUCAAGCUAAACUCUUACAAAAUGGUGUACGUGUUUAAGUCUGAGGACUACAUGUACAGACGCACGGCACUACUGCGAGCUCAUCAGUCCCAUGAGCGGGUGAGCACGCGGCUACAUCAGCGCUUCCAGGCCUGGGUGGAUGGCUGGGUAAAGGAGCACGUCACCAGAGAAAUGGCCGCCAACACUACCAAGUGGCUGAUGGGAGAAGGGCGUGAAGGGCUCCUUCCCUGCUCCACAACAUGUGACCAUGAGACACUCCACUUCAGGAACAUCAACAAGUACAAAGUCAAAUACAGCAGCAGCUACAAAACUCCCUGACCCCAGGCAGUAGAUGGGGCAAGGGGGUCUUUGGUUUAUGGGAGGAGGCAGUAGGAGGCAGUAGUGGGCAGGGAAGGAAAGCGGACUUAUCAACAACUUUCUAAGGAUGACAUGACAGCACAAGGCUAAGCCUCAGCGCUCUCAUGUCACACCAGUGGCGGCUGGCAUACGUCUUAGUUUUUAACAGCGUUUUUAGCUGUACUUGUGCCCGCUUGUCCCUCAGUGCCAAACCUUGGGAAGAAGGACCUGUCCGUCAAGCAGAGGCACAGUCUGUGUGCCUAAAUUAGUCUAGAACCAGCCAGUUCUGGAGUUUAUCAGCCCAGCAAAGAACACUGAUGGCUGGAGUCUAGAUGGGCCAGGCUGUGGUGCAGGGGUUUUGAUGGGACAGGUUAAAAGGCAUUAAUGUAUUAUUGUAUGUACAGGUCAUAAGGCUGUGUCUUAAGGUGAGGAUCUGACUGUACCUUCACCUGGUUGCCAGGUUGGGUUUUAUAGUUUUUUUCAGUGAAUGGGCACAAUUGGUAAACAAGUUGGGGGGGAGAAUGAAAUAGUUUUUCAAGAACAGAACAGUAGCAGCAACCAGUUUUAGUUCUUGUUUUGGGAUAAGUGCACUUAACUUUGCAGAGAUAAAUCUUUAGUUAUCCAACCAAAGUAUAGGAAGCUCAAGAGGCACCAUCAUUAAAAUAAGCUCAAAUGAUUUCCCAUUCUGAUGUCCUAUAUGUCAUAACGAACAAACUCUAAGAGUACAAUGUUUUUAUUUAAAAUGAAAAAGGAAAAAAACUAAAACGGCAAAAAACUUCGACAGAACAGACAGCAAUAAAGAUCUUGGACCUGUGUCCCAUAGUGCUGUGAAAAGUAUAAAAGAAAGCACUGAUGAAUUUAGCAGAAGAAUGAAUGAGCUUCCAAAUGCUCACACUCUGUAUAAUUGUAUGUUUUGAAUGUCAGAAUGUGACAUGACCACAGUUUGUGCUGGCCGCCCUGGCUGCAAGCCUUACAAAGUUGCUGGCGAAGCCCAAUGCCAAUACACCAGCUCGUGUACACACACACACAUAUAUACAUACACACACACACACACACACACACUCACAAACAUACUCACACGCCUGAUUAUUAAUAAUGGACUAUCCACAUACAGAACACAGUUCACUAUUUGUAAAUAAAUUGUAUAUAUUGCCAGACCUUUUUUAUGACAGAGACCUGUGUUGUUGUGCUAGUGAAACUUUACAGGCUUACUGUGGACAAUAGAGAGAGACGGCUGAAGUUAGUGCGCAAAUGGGGAGGAAAAAAGAUGAAAACAUGCAAGACGAGUUUAUUACAGUUUUUACCAAAGGGAGUUGAUUAUAAUGAUAGCUGUUUUUUUUUUCCUUUUUUCUUUCUUUAUUUCUCCUUUGUGUGUUUUCUCUGUUUCUUUUGUCUUUUUUAAUAGUAAAGAAUUGUUAAUUUUGGAAAAGUAGAAAUGUAUCCAGGUUCUUGUUUUUGAAAAGUUUUUAUAAGAAAAAAUAGCAGCAGCGUUUUAAUUUUUGACAUUGAGAUUUGGGCUCAUUUCAGCACACUUUGAUCACUGCCCGUUUUUGGAUAUGCAUCCAGUUCUCUAGUCUGAACACUGAGGAAGCCACUCGGUCCAACUCACACUGUCCUCGGCUAGCCGAGAAGGCCCACGAAUGUAAUGUGUCUCGUUCGUCGUGUGAGGUUUUCUUCUUCACCCUGGAUAGAUUUCUGCUGGACAAGAAGAUAAAUAUAUAUAUAUAUAUAUAUAAAUAUAUAAAUAUAUACAUUUUAAAAAUGAAAGUCACAAAGCAUGUCUUUUUCUGUGGAUCAUCAUAGCCCCUUUAUUUCGAUAUUAUUUAAGAUAAUAAUAAAAAUGACAUUUGUAGCAGA